AUGGCCACUCUAUGGCCAAGCCUGCUGCUAUAUGCAUUGGCUAUGUGCUUGAUAGCCAUCAGUGUAGCUGCUAGUGAUGAUAAAUCUUAUGUUUAUGCAUCCCCACCUCCCCCAUACAUUUACAAAUCACCACCACCACCACCAUCACCAUCACCUCCUCCAUCCUACAUUUACAAGUCACCACCGCCUCCAAAGUCCUCACCUCCUCCCCCUUAUGUCUAUAAAUCACCACCACCUCCGAAGUCAUCACCUCCGCCUCCCUAUGUCUACAAGUCACCACCACCACCGAAGUCGUCACCUCCACCUCCUUAUGUUUAUAAGUCCCCACCACCACCGAAAUCGUCACCUCCUCCUCCCUAUGUCUACAAGUCGCCACUACCUCCAAAGUCAUCACCUCCUCCUCCUUAUGUCUACAAGUCGCCACCUCCACCGAAAUCUUCACCUCUUCCUCCUUAUGUCUACAAAUCACCACCACCUCCGAAGUUGUCACCUCCACCUCCUUAUGUCUAUAAGUCCCCACCACCACCAAAAUCGUCACCUCCUCCUCCCUAUGUUUACAAGUCGCCACCACCUCCAAAGUCGUCACCUCCUCCUCCCUAUGUUUACAAGUCCGCACCACCACCGAAAUCAUCACCUCCUCCUCCCUAUGUUUACAAGUCCCCACCACCACCGAAAUCGUCACCUCCUCCUCCCUAUGUUUACAAGUCGCCACCACCUCCAAAGUCGUCACCUCCUCCUCCUUAUGUCUAUAAGUCACCACCUCCACCGAAAUCUUCACAUCCUCCUCCUUAUGUCUACAAAUCACCACCACCUCUGAAGUCAUCACCUCUUCCUCCUUAUGUCUACAAGUCACCAUCUCCUCCUCGUUAUGUCUACAAAUCACCACCUCCUCCAAAGUUGUCACCACCCACUCCUUAUGUCUAUAAGUCGCCACCACUGCCAAAAUCCUCACCUCCCCCUCCUUAUGUCUAUAAGUCGCCACCACCACCAAAAUCCUCACCUCCUCCUCCCUAUGUCUACAAGUCGCCACCACCUCCAAAGGCGUCACCUUCUCCUCUUUAUGUCUACAAGUCACCACCACCACCACCACCAUCACCAUCACCUCCUCUACCCUACAUUUACAAGUCACCUCCUCCUCCAAAGUCAUCACCUCCACCACCAUAUGUUUACAAGUCUCCACCACCACCAUCCCUAUCACCUCCUCCUCCUUAUGUCUACAAGUCACCACCUCCACCAAAAUCCUCACCUCCUCGUCCUUAUGUCUACAAGUCACCACCAGCUCCGAAGUCAUCGCCUCCUCCUCCUUAUGUCUAUAAGUCACCACCUCCACCAAAAUCCUCACCCCCUCCUCCUUAUGUCUACAAGUCACCACCACCUCCAAAGUCGUCACCUACUCCUCCUUAUGUGUACAAAUCACCACCUCCUCCUCCUUAUGUUUACAAGUCGCCACCACCUCCAAAGUCGUCACCUCCUCUUCCUUAUGUCUAUAAAUCACCACCUCCACUUAAAUCCUCACCUCCUCCUCCUUAUGUCUACAAGUCGCCGCCACCUCCAAAGUCAUCACCUCCUCCUCCCUAUGUCUACAUGUCACCACCUCCACCGAAAUCCUCACCUCCUCCUCCUUACGUCUACAAAUCACCACCACCACCAUCACCAUCGCCUCCUCCAUCCUACAUUUACAAGUCACCACCUCCACCACCAUACGUUUACAAGUCUCCACCUCCACCAUCUCCGUCACCUCCUCCUCCUUAUGUCUAUAAGUCACCACCGCCACGAUCACCAUCCCCCCCACCACCAUACAUUUACAAGUCACCACCUCCUCCAUCCCCAUCACCUCCUCCACCUUAUGUGUACAAGUCACCCCCACCACCUUCUCCAUCUCCACCACCUCCGUACAUUUAUAAAUCACCACCGCCACCAUCUCCAUCACCUCCACCACCCUAUGUAUACAAGUCGCCACCACCACCAUCGCCGUCACCUCCUCCUCCUUACAUUUACAAGUCUCCUCCUCCUCCAUCUCCUUCACCACCCCCGCCCUAUGUUUACAAGUCACCACCACCACCGUCUCCAUCACCUCCACCUCCUUAUAUCUAUAAGUCACCACCUCCUCCAUCCCCAUGUCCCCCUCCUCCUUAUGUCUACAGUUCACCACCACCACCGUCGCAUUACUAACUUGAUACAGUUUAUGUUCCCUUUGUGGUAUAAAUUUGUAAAACAAAUAAUGGCUACAAGUGAGAGUAAUAUCCUAAGGAUGACUUGCCUACAUCUGAUCGAUCAAAAAUGGAGGCGGA